AUGGAUUUACUUAUAAGGCAGCAUCUCUGUACAGCAGAGAAGCAUCAAGAUGCUGAAGCCUUGCUGAAGGCCUACAAAUUCCUGAAAGAUGCAAACACCCCCGUAUCAGCAGUAGAUGUCCCAGAGAACUUCAGCUCGGAUUUAUAUGCUUUAUGUGCUGAACAGGCCCUCCAACUGGAAAAUGUUGCAAUAAGUAAAGACUGCUUGGAGAUGUAUUUUAAGAGUACACCUCCUGCAAACCAGUUUUUCGGAAGGGCAUAUUUAUGCAAAGGUCAAUUGCAUGCCCCAAAGUCAGCUAAUGAUGUGGACGAACUAGAAAAAUCAGUGGCUUUUUACCUCAUAGCAAUUGUUUUUGCAAAAAAGCAGCAAAGAUACUAUUUUUUGGUGUACAAUGCGUCCAUCCUCUAUUGGCAAAUGGCUCGCCCAUUUCUAAAGCCUGGCAGUCGCCACCUGCUUAUUCCUGGCCUUACAAGUAUUGUAAAAGCUUUGGAUGAAAUUGAUGAACCUGAUAAAUCCUGGAGAGCAGAGCUUAUGUUUGAACUACUUGAGUGCUUAAUAGAUGCUCAAAAAAAUAAGGAAGCUGCGGAUUUUGCAACAGUUGCAUCAGAAUAUGUUAAAAAUAAUGUUCCACUCAAAUAUCCUCAGCUUUUCACAAAAAUGGUACAAUACAAACUUAUUGAUUCUGCUAAAGCUUCUAAAGAAAGUAAAACUUCCAUAACAUUAUCAGCCAUCUAUAAAAUUCAGAAGCUUAAAUUACAACUGAAUAUAAAAGAACAGUAUGAAGAGGUCUCCAGGUUCACUUAUGAAAGGUCUUGUGAUGAGCUUUUCCUUAUUUUAAAUAAUGCAAGAGAACAGGGAAACAUCACUAAAAAAGAAUUUGAUUUUCUUGUAAAUCUACAUCCCAUUGAACCCACCUUUUACUGCAUACCAAAAUUGCAUAAGAGCAUGAAAAAUCCCCCAGGACGCCCCAUAGUGUCUGGCAUUGAUGGACCUACAAAAGGUGUCAGUAGGUACAUUGAUUUCUAUCUACGACCCUUCCUCACUGAACUGUCCUCUUAUGUACAGGAAACUGGGGACGUCCUGAGGAGAUUGGAUAAAGUAAAAAUUGAUUCAGAUACGCUUCUCCUCACAUUGGAUGUGGAGUCACUGUACUCCUCAAUCCCACAUAAGGUGGGUUUGAGUGCAGCAAAACAUUUCUUAAUGCUGCGAGGAGAGGAAUACAGCAACAACACUACCCUAGUGCUUAAAUUAAUAGAAUUUGUAUUGACUAAUAAUAUAUUCAUGUUUGACGAUGAUCAAGAGGCUAUAACUGACCUGGUACAGUUGCUGAACACAGAGGAGAUACUCGACAGUGAUUCAGUUGAAAAUCCUCUAACUCCAACAGAAGAAAUAUCGGUUUCCCACCUAGAUAUAAAAGUUGACUCGGGUUUCAAAAGAAAAUCCGAAUACAUGCCCCCCCUUGCACUUGUACCUGCGGUAAAACUGUUCGUGAGAGAGGUUGAAAAGGAGAUUAAUAAAAUCUCCUUUGAUAAGAUCACCAAAGAUAAUUUAAAUCGUGAUGAAAGAAAUGCUCUCCACGAUCUAAUGAACAAAUCAGGUAUCAUAAUUAAGCAGGCGGACAAGGGGGGAAACCUGGUGGUUAUGAACGAAACAAAUUAUGUUAAUGAGGUGAAGAGACAGUUAAAAAAUAAGGACCAAUAUAUGGCCUUGCAACUAAACCCCAUAGCCUCAAUUCAGACUGUUUUGCUCCUUCUCCUGAACAAAGCAAGGAAAGAUGGAGUUAUAAACAAAAGAGAAUGUGAUUAUCUGUACACUAAGUUCCCUAGGGUCCCUGUGUUUUACUGCAUUCCCAAACUACACAAGAACCUGAGAGAUCCACCAGGACAUCCCAUAAUUUCUGGGAUAGGGAGCAUCACAGAGAACCUGGGGAACUAUGUAGACAGAUUUCUGAAACCUUUCUUACUUACCCUAACUUCGUAUGUUAAGGAUACCAGUGACCUCUUGAGAAAAUUGGAUGGUUUAGAGGUGGAACCAGAUGUUCUACUGGUGUCUUUAGAUGUGGAGGGACUCUACUCUUCAAUACCUCAUGAGGUUGGCCUAAAAGCAGCCAGGCAUUUUUUGGAGAGUAGAGGUCCGAUGCAAUCAGAGCAUUUAUCAGCAACGGACAUUUUCACAAAGCUUAAUGAAAUUUAUAAACAUUUGGCAAUGGCAACCCCAGAGGAACCAACAUCAGUUUUACCACUUAAUGAAAAGACGAAUAAUGGGGUCACCAAUGUGUUUAAAGGUGCAGCCCUGCAGGCUCACAAGUAUAAAUGGGUGAAUUAUGAUGAAUGGUAUCCUUGCACCUCUGGAAUCGAUGGACUGGCACGGAGAUGGGAGACACAUCUUAAUGACAUAGAACACGCUAAAUUACAAAGAGACUGGGUUGGCAGGGUGGAAUUUGCGUCUUAUAAAUCAACCAGCAGAGGGGUGGCUAUCCUGUUUGGGAAAAAGUUAGAGAUGGAUGACGUAUCGGUAGUAACGGACCCGGAGGGACGAUAUAUUGUGGUUCGCACCACUAUUGCAGGCAAGAGAUACACGUUGUGCAAUAUAUAUGCACCCAACAAGAAAGACAGAUCAUUUUGGGAAGGUUUGAUUGAGGUACUGACUCCAUUCUUGGAUACUCCUAUCAUACUAGGGGGUGACUUCAAACUCGCCCCCAAUCCUCAGUGCGACAGGCUUAGGGACCAGAGUAGACAACUUGGGGGAUUGCAGACCAAGGUCAGUUGCAAAUUUGAAGUGGAUACAUUUCAAUCUCUGACAUCUGCUCUAGAUAUCGUGGAUAUUUGGCGCAAGCUGAACCCGGACGGUAGGGACUUUACGUGUGUCUCCAGAUCCUCUCCCACUAUGUCACGUAUAGAUCUAUUCAUGGUCUCGAACUCCUUGAUUCCCCAAGUGGUGGAUACUAAAAUAGGGGAUGUGGUGGUUUCUGAUCAUGCCCCUGUGGGGCUCUUCCUAGACACACUGCCCCGGGCAUCGGGGCGCAGGACUCUUAGAUUUCCCCAAUACUUAUUGACAUCCCAAGAGUUUCAACACUAUAUGGAACAGGCUUGGGAUGACUUUCAAACUAACAAUGCACAACAUCGCUCGAACCCGGAGCUCUUCUGGCAUACAGCCAAAGCAGUGCUGACUGGUGAUAUUCUAGCCUUCCUGUCACGCAGGAAAAAACUGCACACAGAGAGGCUGGAGAGGCUGAGAGAGCAGUUGGCGGAUAAGUUCCAUUUGUAUAGGUCCUCGCCUACGCUGGUUAACUACCAGAAGUAUAUGGAUACGAAAAAAGAAUAUGAUGCGCUAUUGGCGUAUCAAGCCUCACAAGCCCUCCUGAGAACUAGGGGUAGAUACUACCGCUUUGGGGAUAAAUCGGGCAGACUGCUGGCCUCCCUGGUCAACCUGAAAUCCUCCACCCGUUUCAUAGCGGCCAUUAGGUCAAUGGGCACUCUGACUAAGGACCCUAAACGAAUAGUGGAGACGUUUGCCUCUUAUUAUUCUGACCUCUAUGCUAGCAACAUGGGGGACGCAGAGGAGACUAAACGGGCAUUUUGGGACUCUAUCGAGUUACCACAGGUGUCGGAAGACCAAUUGAGUAAGCUUAAUGCACCUAUUUCUAGGGAAGAGGUGGAUAGAACGAUCAUGACUCUGAAUUUGGGCAAAGCAGCAGGCCCAGAUGGGCUGCCGAUCGAAUUUUAUCGGUUACUAAAGAACAGGGUGGUCCCCGUGCUCACUGAUCUUUUUCAGAACUAUUUCACGGAAGCUAAUAAACCAACUAAGACCUUCACGGCUGCUCACAUCACUCUUAUCCCUAAGGCGGGUAAAGAUGCGCUUCUCCCGGAGUCUUACAGACCCAUAUCGCUGUUGAACUCAGAUUACAAGAUCUUGACUAAGUUAUUAGCGGAACGUCUUAAAUUUAUAUUACCAGACUUGAUACACGAGGAUCAGACCGGCUUUAUGGUAGCAAGGUCCUCGGUGGUAAACGUACGCAGAAUCCUGCAGGUGCUACAACACUUUUGGAGUCUGAAACAAUCGGGGGAAGGGGGAGCUUAUGUCUCAGGGCGUGUGCUUCUGGAGACAUUCCUGGGUAAGGUGACCAUGGGCAUUAACCUGCUGUCUGGUAAGCAGCCUGGAUUUAGAAUAUCUCUGCUGGUUGAACUUGCUCAUCUUUCAGUUGAGUUGAAAUGCUAUCCAGUUGCUGCUUCUUGCAUAAAUAAUCUGAAGAAUAUAAAUAUUACAGAUCCAAGAGAACAAAUAAUCCUUGAAUGCCUAGAAUGUGAAUAUAGCGUUCAGAAUCUUGGCAUGAAGAUUGCUACGUACACAAAAAGUGUUAUUGAGACACAGUUACAAAUUACCAGAAGGCUUGAAUCAGCUUUGCAAGAAGCAAUUCGUUUAGGAGACCCUAAUAUAAUUCAGGUUGUAUGCUCAACUCAGUGGAAUAUCUGCCUGCCAUUGCUGCAGCAUAAUUUGCGUAAACACAUGAAGAAACCCUUAAUAUCUAUUUCUGAAGCAUUGGAAAAUAUUGAUAGCUUGCAAACUCUGCUGCGGUGCCAGAUUCAUUUGGAGAUAGCUUAUAUUGAGGAAGAAGAAGACCAUAUUGAAGUUGCCUUAAAACACAUCCAAAAAGCCUUGCUCUUAGAUAACAACGGACAAUAUGAAAGUGUCCUGAAGGCAUAUCUGCACCGGCUUCAACUUAGUGUUACACUGUAUAAAAAGCCUGAAGGAUUGGAAGACCAGGCAGCUUUGAUUAUCGAACAGGCUAAACAAAGCAACUCAAAAGAUUCAGUAAGAAAAAAACGAUCUCUGCUUGUGAAUGCCGGUCUCUGUUUAGCUCCGGAUGUAUUUCAGAUGGUCCUCGACAGUGAAAAUGACGCUAAAGUUUCUACAGGCAAAAAUAACAAAAAUGAUAAUGUAGCAUAUUUAAGUAUGAAAGCAGAGCACCAUAUGAAAUGUGUCCAGAAGACCGAGGGACACUUGAAUCGAAUGGCAAAUAAAAAUGCCAAUGAAAGGGUCAGACUUUGGGCAGACUUGGCAAAAAUUGCCAGAAAGCAAGAGGUGUGGGAUGUUUGCCGCACAGCAUGUCGAUUUUGCCUGCUAUAUGAUGAUGACCGCUGGAAGGUCCCAAAACAGGAAGUUUUGCAGAAGAAGAAAUCAGCAGUGAGUAAUUUGGAUGAAGGAAGAAGUGGAAGUGUAGAGCUUGAAUCAUCAAAUUCCAAGAUUAUAUCAUUUAGCGAAGAAAGGUCUUUGCUGAGAACUUUGGCAGAAAUACGGUUUAUCAAUGCAGAGGCGACUAUACACUUGCUGAAAUCAGAAGGUUGUAAACUUAAUGAAUAUCCUAAUACUCCGGAAGAUACAAGUUUUCACCCGGCAGCAUAUGUUGCAAAAAAUCUUGAGGAACAACCAGAAUGGAUUGUUUAUAAAGAAUGGAUUGUUCAGCUCUCUGUAUAUGCUACAGAAAAUUUUCUGAGAGCUUCUGAACUGGGAGUAGAACUGAACGAAUCUUGGAUAACCCACAAUGCAGCAGUGUACAUCUUAAACUACAACAAAUAUAUCAUUGCAGCUGGAAGACUAACAGAACUUACAGAAACCUUUCAGAAACUCCUUUCAAAUCUCAAGAAAACAGGCCACAGUCGGAACACUGUGCUUUUUGUAACGUUGUCCAAUAAUUUAGCCAGAGGCCUUAUUCUUCGCUGGAUACCUGUGUCAGAAGCGAACAAAAGACCAGAGACAACUCAACAUACAGAGAAGAGCAAGAAAGCUCCAGGGAAACAAUCAGAGAAAUCUAAUAUACCUCAAGCUGUAUCAAUUGAUACGAACGGUGUUCCUGAUGUGAAACUAGCCUUAGAGACUUGCGAAUAUGCUCUGGAGCUGACAAAUGGAAACACACCUGAAGAAUUAGUUCCCAUUUCAAUUCGGCAGGGUGUCCUAUCAACAUGGGUGAAAGCCAAACAAUUGCUGCAGCAGCAAAUUGGGCCCAAACUAGGAACUGAUGAUGAGGACAAUGAUGAAGGACAAAAUCCAAUGACAAGAGUGCUUGUUGCCUUAGAAAUGCAUUCAUGCAAUGGGUUAGGGCUAAAGGACUUUAUCGCUCCAAGUCUGUCUCAGAUAUUCAAAAUGGCUUCUGAAUGUAUCUGGUCAGAUCCACUUAUUGAACUUCAGACACUAACAAGAUUAGCACAUUUUGCGUAUAAUGCACAUGACCAUGAACUGGUAUUGGCAUGUUCCAAGAAGGCUUUAGAAUUCAACAAAGAGACUACUGCAAAGAAAAUUAAUACGCACAGUUUUACUUUGGAACAAGAAAUGUUAAGUGUUGCUGCAUGCAUUCAAGGCCAAAGCAUCAUUGACAAUUGUUUUGGAAGAAAACAUUUGCGUCUUACUGCCAUUCAAGCAUUCCAAUUAAGUGCAAGUUGUGCAGCUGAAGCUGGGAACUUUACACUGACGUUACAGUCUGCCAAGCAUUUCUGGCAUGCCUGUUCUCCUUUUAUAACAUUAGCAGAGGAUCGAGAACCCCUUAAAGAUGCAACCAUUUCUGUUAUAAAGGCGAUUACUGAUGCAGAGUCAAAACUAAAACAGAAACCCAAAACUGAUGUCACAUAUUUGCACCUGUGGCCUAGCAUCGAUGUUCAAAGCUGUGGAGUCAAUACAGAAAAUUCCAAAGAUAACUCAAAGGAUACAGACUUUUCUGAUGAUGAGCACAAACUGAGAGUCUCUCUUUACGAGUUUUUAUUUAAAAUGUAUGAGGAUAAAAAUGACUGGGAAGCUGGGCUGAAAGUGUUGGAUGAAGCUAUCCAAAUUCUACAACGCACUAAACAUAGACUUGUCAUUUUCAAGCACCGUGUACUGGUGAAGGCAAGACUGGGUCAGAACUUUUUUAUGGAUAUCCAGAAGUUCAAAGAUGAAAGUGAAGACUAUCUAUCUUACAUAUGGCAUCUUGUUGCUCUUACUGCUGAAAAUACAAGUGAACAGCUAGCUUGCUAUCAAAAUGCAAUUGAUGCACUUCAGAAACCAGAAAAUGAGUGGCAGAAAGUUGAUUACUUGAUGGAAUUUGCAGAAUGGCUGUACUGCAACCAAUUUCCUCUUAGAGAUGCCCUUAAUCAGCUUGACUGGGCCGUAGAUAUUUUACUUCAGAUGAAAUUUUCAAAUUAUGCUGAAGAAGAUAAGAGUCAAAAGGCGAAGCUGAAGGCCAGAAAAAAAUCUUCCAUGCAUAAAGAUCAAAGAAAUGAUGAAGAUACAGAGGCUACAAAGAGUGAAGAUGGCGACACUUUUAACAUUUCCCAUAAUGCUUUUGAAGAUUUAAGGAAUGUGAGGCAGCUGGAGACAUUGGUUCGAGCUUACACAUUAAUGGCAGUUAUUUGCGGUCCCAGUUCACCUUAUCAUGAACAACAUUGUCUAAUGGCAUAUGCUUAUGUUAUGCGCAUUUGGAAAGUGUCAUUGACAGCAGCAGGGAGUUUUAUUAAAACUUCACAAAAAAAUCCCCCACCACCUCAAAACCCACUGUCUGCGUCAUCACAAAAGGAAAAAGGCAAAAAAGACGUAAAAGAGCCUAUUAUGAUUAAAGAGAAACCGAAGCGUAAAGGAUCAGUCGAUGUUUUACCUUUAAGCGCAGAGGAAUGGGCUGUCUAUGAUUGUCCUGAUGAAGUGAGAGAUGCAUUUAAGCUGGACACAUCAUGCAGUGUAAUUAGUCGGAAUACCAUUGUAAAACCUACAUUCAGCCUUUACUACCUCGACCUGUUAAUAAAGCAGUUGCUUGGUAUUUCUUUUACUCAUCUGACCCUUCCUGUACUUCAUCUUGCUGAAGUGAUUGCACACGAUGCUGUGGAAAGCAAAAGUCUUUCAGAUUUCUAUCAUUUGAGACUUUGUCAAAUAUGUGCAGAUCUAAAUUUGCACCAAGCGGCCUCUUAUCACGAGAAAGCGGUUAGUAAUAUGUUCAUCACUGAACAUGAGUUGAUAAGCUGCAGACAAGAAAUGUUGAUUAAUAAGACUAAAAAGAAGAAUGAAAUGUGUUUGGAACAAUCGACUAACCAUCAUCUGAUGCAUAAAAAACCAAAGAUUUUAGCCUUGCAUGCAACUACAAAAGGACUGAGUGGUUUGAGUCUACCAUAUCUUUGGAUGGACAAAGCCUAUGUGCUGAUACAGCUUGGAUUUUUUCAUCCAGCUAAACAUCUUCUUUCAGAAGCUUACAAAUGUUUUCAGGAAUUCGGAGAUAAUCAAGACAUAUCAAAAUGUCUUUACCUGUUAUCACUAAUUUCAAACAGUGAGAAUAAUCAUGGACAAGCUAAAUUACUGUUAAUGGAAACUCAACAUAUAGAAAAUGAUGCAGAGUUUUUGUAUAAGGCCACUAUGAGCAUGGCAGAUGCGGUUUUAGGGGAAAAUGGCCAAAACAAGGAAGACAAGGCUUGCAAAAUUUUGGAAAUGACUUUAAAUGUUUUAAAAAACUUGAUGCCAAAGCAAACUAACCGUAGAUCAGAACUUGGUUACUUUUUAGCUUCACUGCACACAAGAAAGCUUUCUAUUCUUACACAAAUAUCAAAAACAUUUAUCAGUCGUGCAUCUUCUCAAGCAACUGUAAGGCUGCUUGACGUCUGUGAUAAAUUGAAUCAAAUUGAAAAUGAUCUACUAUGUUAUGGAUACAAAGAAUUAAUGACAGAAGUCAUGAUGGAACACUCAGAAGUUCUCAGGACUCUUGCAAACAUUGCCGAAGAUACAGACCGUAAGCACAGCUACUACUUAGACGCCUAUAGGACAGCAGAGAGAGCUAUUAGUAUACAAGAACAAGUGCUGUGCAACACCCAGAGGUUAUUCCCAACAGAGACAAUCAGUAUCAGUUUGCCAAGUAUGAGGACAAUUGCUAAAAUGAAGCUAAAGUUUUGUGAACUCUCUUUGGAGAUGAUCCAACUAAUUAUUACUGAAGAAAGCGAGAAACUACAAGAACAAAAAAGUAAAGGAAAACUCUGUGUAGCUGUUGAAGAAUUUGUAAGAUCCACACCAGAUUACAAUUCAAUAGAACAGGAAUGGAAAACAUUAGGACACAUUUUGGGAUCUACAGUCCUUUCUCAGUUGGCCAGUGUAAUGACCCUUGCUAUGGGCUGCAAUGAUCUGAAAGCAAAGUGUUUGUAUUAUACUGGAAAAUGCCUCUACGUGCUCUCUGUUAAAGUUGAUCCACUUAGUCAUGACAUGUACUGGAAUGAAAAAAUUUUGGAUGAAAGUAAAGCUGUUAUGUCAGAACAAGAUAAUGAUGACUUUGAGUGGUCUACUGGUUUUGUACAACUCACUAAUAGACAGCAAGAAACAUUAAGCAGAAAAACUAUGGAACUAAAGAGAAAAAGGGCAAUUGCCCAGAGGUACCUUGCACAAGCCAGUGAGAUUCUGCUGCAGUCCAUUAAUACUGCGAUAAGUAACAAUCUCCUGAGUACACUGUCCACUGCGAGUCUUCAAAUGUGUUCUUGUCUUGGACAGUUUGAUCCAACUUCAUCUGCUAUGUUCUUGGCUCUUUAUCAGAGCAGUUCAGCUUCUAUGAUAAUGAAAGAUGCUGUGAGUGCCGCUAGUUGUAAUACCAGUAGUUCACAGUUUGCAGCACUUUUUCAUCUUCACCAGCUUCUGCAAAAGAAAGGUGAUCCCAUGAGUAAUCUGCAAAAAAAUAUUGAGCAAAAACUUUCUGCCACUUCAAAGGUAUGGGAAAAUUUUAAAAUUAGCAUCCAGCAUCUCAACAUAUUUAAUGAUCUUCCUCCCAACUUCAAUGUAAUCAUCCUACAGCAUUCAGAAGACAGAAGUUUUCUGUAUGGUGCUUUUCUUGAAAAUUCAAAAGUAAACCCUGUACAGAAAGGAAAAACAAGUCAACCGCAAAAAAACUUGCGAGCAAAAGUCGUCAGAUGCGCGGUCAGUCCUCAAAUGUUUAUGAACUUGCUGGAGAGAAUGGAACUGUUCAAACAUGAUAUAAUGCACCUGCUCCUUAAAAAAGACAAUCAACUAAGUUUUAACAAACAGAAUCACUCACAUGAAAAAACGCAAGACGUCAACAUAAAUGCUGGAAUGAAUUUUUUAACAAAUACAGAAGAUGAAGAUGAGAAGAAGAUGUCAACAGCUUUCCAUGAAAUUGUUGAUGCAAUGGAGGAGUAUCUAAAUCCGGUUCUGCAUCAGUUGGAUAUUUCUUCUUUUCGGCAAAUAUCUACACUGCUCUCGGCAUCUGAGUCUGGUAAAGUAAAGUCUAGAGACAAAGAAGAAAAAACAACAGAAUCCGAUAGAUCUAAUGUUGACACCGGAGAAUACAUAAUAUUACUGGCAGACAAAGCUCUUAUGGAGUUGCCUUUAGAAGCAAUGAGUACUUGGAAGGAAGAUUGGAUAAGCUCAGUUUCAAGAGAUUUUUCUCUUCAGUUGUUCUACAAUAGGAUGUGCAAAGAAGACAAAGAAGAGGAUGAAGCUAAAAGAGAUACAAAGAGUGGAAAAGACAGAAAGCCAAAGUCUGGACAAAAAAAGAACAUAAAGAUUGCACCUAUUGAUCGUACGUUACCGGCAAACUGCAUUUCCCUUGAUACUCAUAAAUUUAAAUAUAUUGUGGAUCCAUAUAAUGAGGAAAAUGAACCUGAAUUCAGUCCAGGCUUUAGAAUGAAAAGAGUUAUUGAAAAGUACAAUCAACAAUUUACACCACUUUGGGAUGGAAUAAUAGGCAGUUCUCGUGUCCCAAGCCAUGGUGAAUGGGAAAAUGUAAUGAACAAUUGCAGUGCAUUUGUCUUUUAUGGAACAGAGAGAUUCCUGAAUAAUAUUUUGCUUGAUAAGUUGGUUGCAAUGAAUUUUACAGAGUGCCAGAUGAUGAUUCUACUAGACCUGGUUCGAACAAAUCGUAGCUUCCUAAGACAGUCAAAAGUCGAUGUGCAAAAAAGUAAAAUAUACAUGGCAUUGGAGAGACCUGUGGAAACAGCUAUCUUGCUCAGUGUCUCAGGUAUUCGUUCUGUCAUGCUCAAUCAGUGGCAUACAUCUCUGGACCAGAAUGCUAAAAGACUUGACUUUUUGUCAGAAAAUUUGUUAGAGCUUGGAAAGACAACAGGACAGACAAUUCAUUAUCAGAGAAAAUUUGGAAGUGAAUGUGAGUCGUCAGAAGUGAAUGAAGACCAGAGCUUUUCUGAUGAUAAACAAGAAAUGACAAAGCCCACAUGUCUACAAAGACUUUCAGCAUGGAAUCCAUCACCUUUUAACUAUGUGCUUUAUGGUCUUCCCAACCUGGUUGUUAUGUAAUACUUUACUUAUGGUAAUGAAAUAAAGUUGUGCUUAUUAUUCGAA